AUGGCGUCCGUUUCCUCCCACAACGGCUCAUCGCAUCCGUCGCCCUAUGACUUCGACUCCAACGGCGACACCGACGAAUCAUGGCAGUACAUUGACUACACCAGCAGCGGUUCCGCGCCAGGAUCUGUCGGGUUCCUGCCCAGCCCCGCGAGCGGCAGCCUGAACGGAUUCGCCAUCAUUGGCCACAACACCACCACCACCACGACAACGUCUCCCUCGCUGCACUCAAUGUCGCCUGGACCGCCACCGCUCGGGGAGGGCGACCAGGCGUUCCUCCCGCCGGCCACGGAGCUGCCCUUGGGCGGCGCGAUGGAGGCCGGUGCCUUUGCGAUGACGACGGCCGGCGACUUCAUGGCCGACGGCAUGUUCAUGACGCCGCAGGAGUAUCUCUUUGCGCAGGACGCCCUGUCGGAGUGGCGGCCGGAGGCGCUGGGACUGCCCGCCGGCACGUCCGGCUUUCAGAUAGAUGCUGUGCCGGCCAUGAGCCAGGCGCAACAUCAGCCCCCCGAGCUUGCGGCCGCGCCGAACCUGGAGCUGGGCGGCUUCCAGCAAUUCCAGCUGGAGGGCACGUUUGUACAAUGGGAUCCUCAUGGGCCUGGGGCCCCGUCACCGGGGGAGGGCCCCUCGAUGACUGUGGCCAAGUACAUGUCGUCGCCAAGCCAGCACAGCGUCGGAUCUUCCAGUCCGCGCUCGACCGUGUCGGUCAAGUCCGAGGGAAGCGGCAAGACAUCACCCAUUGCGAUUCUGAAAGUCAACUCUGGGAGGAUCGGCAAGAGCAAGGCGGAACAGGCGGGCAAAUUCCACAUCGUCACGCCCAACUCCAUCUCCGCCAGCGCCGGCCGGCCCAACCCCUACGAAUGCUUCGAGGCGAUGCGGACGACGCAGCGCGGCCGCAAGGGGCCGCUCGCCAACGCCACCAAGGAAGACGCCCUCCAGGUGCGCCGGCGCGGCGCCUGCUUCUGCUGCCGCAGCCGCAAGGUCAAGUGCGACACCGAGCGGCCGUGCAAGCACUGCAAGAAGCUCAUGGUGCAGGUACCGCAGGUGGUCUGCUGGCAGUUUCAGGACUUUUUGACGAUUUUAUUUCCCGACUUCAUCAGCGCCCACUUGAGAAAGGACGAGAUGACCAAGUUCUUGCGGGACAACGUGGACGGGUUCCUCAUCGGAGGCGCGCCGCAAUCGUGUUCCGUAAAGCUCUUCUCCGGCGCACGAUUUGUCACGACUCUCGACAUCGAGGCCAAGUUCUUCACAGCCAAGACGUGCGACGUCUUGCAACACUGGCACCUCAACUCUGGCAGCAACGGCGUCCACUUGGACUCGAACGGCUCCGCGCCGAUUGGGCUGGACAUGACGGGCGGCAGCGGCAACGGCGGUGGCGGUGGCGGCCAAAGGGACGAGGUGCGGAAAAAGGUCAAGGCGUACGUGCGGCAGCUUAUCGAGGAGCCCGUGUUCGCGGAGCAGGUGACGGACUCGCUGCGGUCGACGCGGCUGCCGGCCAAGAUCCUGGCCAUCGCGCAGGCGUACGCGCAAAAGACGGACUGCGCCAUGGUGAAGAAGGCGCUGUCCAUAUACGCGAUCCACUACGUCAUGACGCGGCACCUGUGCCUGACGAGCGACACGGUGCGGGCGCUGCAGCCGUCCGGCUUGGUGCCGCAGAACAGCCGGUGGGUGACGCCGCGGGUGCUGGCGCGGCAGGUCAAGUCGCUGGCGGACGAGGUGUGCGCGCGUGAGAUGCAGCAGCUGUUCGAGCUCUUCACCAAGGCGCUCAAACCAAAGUAUCGGCGCGAGUGGGCGCCGAGCCUCGUGGCGUUCCUGGUGCUCUGCCUGUACAUGGAGGCCGUGGAGACGACGACGGACAACUUUGUCAUCUCGCAGAACGCGGUCAAUCAGAGGAACGGCGACGCGCCGUCGUUUAAGCGCUCGUUCGCGCUCGACAUGUGCCGCGAGGUGGAGAACAUGCCGUUCAAGCAAUUCGCGUACCAGUUUCACCACAUCUACCAGACGCACUCGCGGGACCCCAACACGAAGCCGUUCAACCCGCUGUUCGACGACAGCUUCGCGGCGCAGAGCGAGCUGGACGGGCCGGCGAUGGAACUGGUUGCCCAGCUGCAGGACCUGUAUCAAGGCGAGGACUGGCAAGAUAUGCAAUUCCUGGCAGACGACGAUCUGCUGCUCAACAGGGGCGAAAAUCCUGCGAGUAUAGACACAGCUCACCUCUACACGGGAAGACUGGUGUCGAAAUUCUUGCUAUCCUUCCUGGACGAGGACCGCAUCUUCGGCGGAAAGAUAUGA